AUGUCGCUGGUGGUAGAAGAGGGCGUCGAGUUGCUCAGGCUCAUAUACAGCGAAGCCAAAGAUGAGCUGAAGCGCGACAAUAAAAACAAUAACGAACAGAUGUUACUGGAGUUAGUGGAGGAAAUCAGGCUUGCCCUGCAGCGCUGCAGCUGGUGCGACGUUUCACUGUACAGUCAA